GACUUUGACUCUUGCUCGGCGAGGGGAGGGGAGCGGCCUGCCGUGAUGCUCCGGCACGGCGGAGGCGCGCGGCCAUGUCGACUUGGUCGGAGGCGCUUGCGCGGUUUCCGGCCGGUGGCGAUGCUGGGCCGGGGAGGGCUCGGCCAUGGUGUUCCGGAGGCGAAACCACGCACGCACGUUGGCAUGGUGGGAGGCGCGCGAUCGGAUGAGAUCGAUUGGGGGUUUUUUUCUUGGCCAGAUCGAACAACGGCCGCCCAUUUCUGUCUUCUAUUCGCUUCUCGCUGUGCCCCUCUUUUCCUUCCAGCAUGGGCAUGGGCACUAGCUGCGUAGGACGAGCGUCACUUGGCAUGGAGGAGGCGGCGGCAGCUCUCCCGCGGGCGUCUCCUCAGAUUCUGAUGCUCGCCGUGACCGCCGUCCUGGCGUGCUGGUGCGCCGGGCGCGCGCUGGAGUGGGCGUGGUGGAGGCCGCGGCGGCUGGGCGCGGCGCUGAGGUCGCAGGGACUCCGUGGCACGGCGUACCGCCCGCUGGCCGGCGACGAGCCCCUCAACGGGCGGCUCAACCGCGAGGCCAGGUCCCGGGCCCUGCCGCUGCGCUGCCACGACAUCGCGCCGCGGGCGAUGCCGCUGAUCCAUCAGCUCAUCAAGGAAAACGGUGAGAUGUUCAUCAGCUGGUUUGGGCCUGUGCCUAGGGUAACCAUCACUAAGCCUGACCUGGUGCACAAAGUUCUGUCCAACAAAUUUGGGCAUUUUGAGAAGUUCAUGUUUAGCCAUGUUUUGAAGAUGCUGCACAACGGUGUGAGUAGCCAGGAGGGUGAAAAAUGGGCCAAACAUCGUAGGAUCAUCAGCCCUGCUUUCCAUCUAGAGAAGCUGAAGCGCAUGUUGCCUGCUUUUGCUGCAUGUUGCAUCGAGUUGGUUGAUGGAUGGGAAAGUAUGGCCACCAGGGAUGAUGAGACAAUUGAGGUGGAUGUUUGGUCUGAGAUGCAGAGACUGGCAGGGGAUGUUAUCUCCCGUGCCGCGUUUGGCAGCAGCUACCUUGAAGGAAGGAAGAUUUUCGAGCUUCAGGGGGAGCAGGCUAAGCUCACUGUGCUUGUCCUGAAUAAGAUAUACUUCCCUGGUUACUUGUCCUUGCCUACGAGAACUAACCGAAGGAGGAAGCAGAUCGCUGCCGAGGUUGAGGGGAUCCUGAAAGGCCUCAUUGCGAAAAGAGAGGAGGACCUGAGAACUGGCCAAGGUACAAGCGAUGAUCUUCUUGGCCUGCUGCUGGAGUCGAACAUGGCUCACCGCAGAGGGGGCGGCGGCGGCCUCAUGACGGAUGAGGUGAUCGGAGAGUGCAAGCUGUUCUACUUUGCUGGCACGGAGACCACAUCGGCUCUGCUCACUUGGACUAUGGUCUUGCUGUGCAUGCACCCGGAGUGGCAGCACCGCGCGAGGGAGGAGGUCCUGCAGGUCUUGGGCAGCAGCAGCACCCCAGAUUAUGACUGUUUAAAUCGCCUGAGAACCGUGAGCAUGGUUUUGUACGAGGUGCUUCGGCUCUACCCACCGAUAACAGCGAUCCACCGCCGGACAUACAAGCCGAUGGAGGUCGACGGGAUUAGGUACCCGGCUGGCGUGAUGCUGACUAUACCUGUGUUGUGCAUCCACCAUGACAAAGACGUCUGGGGGGCAGACGUGCACGAGUUCAGGCCAGAGAGGUUUGCCGAUGGAAUCUCCAAGGCGACAGCUUCCGGGUCCAGGAACACGCCGGCACCCUUCUUCCCGUUUAGUGGGGGCCCCCGGGUCUGCAUCGGACAGAACUUUGCACUGCUCGAGGCUAAGAUGGGGCUCGCCAUGAUCCUUCAACGUUUCUCCUUGGAGCUCUCACCAGCCUACAAACACGCACCAUUACCCAUUGGCAUGCUGCAGCCACAGCACGGCGCACAAAUCAAGCUCAGGAGGCUUCAUUGAUUUGCUUAUGCACAUAAUAUACUUGCUGUACGUUGUAUCAGAUAAUGUUAGACUCUAGUACGUACUAUAUAUGUUGCAUACCAUUCCACAUGGGUUGAUUUUUAUAUAAGAUGUACUCCUAUAUAAGGUGUGUUUUGAUAAAUGUAGUCCCGUCAAAGAUUAGCUUUGGCCUUCCAUUUUU